CAUUAAACUCCCAAGAAGUGCAGGACUGAGACCAGUACUAAAACCAGCCUCCCGGACACACAACAUAAAAGCCCCUGAGAACCAAUAGACCAUAAACAGCCUUUGAGAGACAUUGAGAACACCGAAAAGUAACCUACCCGCUGACCAUCAAUAUGCAGAUGGUUUCUUCAUCAGAACAGUUUCCAGCGGUGCUUGUCUCUGACGAGUCCUACUACAGGAACCAACACGUAUCUUCGGGGGGCCCACAGGCCUCGUAUACUGCCUACUCAACCACUACACCAAGUGUAACUUCGGAGAAUAUGAUGGGCUACCAAAGCCAGCCACUACCCCCUACCCCGGUCCAGGGAAACGCCCGUUACGUCGCAGGCGGCCAUACCAUACCAGACGUGAACAUCGGGUUAUCUAGCACCCCCUCGUUCAGCCCCCCCGCCGUGGACCCCUUCGACUAUUCGUACUACCAAGCCGUGCCAGCGGGAUCCCGGUCCCUCGACACCGGAGAGCCCUACCACCACGGGUACAGCACCCAGGGGGGCUACGGGGCCGUAGCCAUGACCAGCCCACCCCCCUCCAGCAGCAGCAAAAAACAAAAACACGCAUCAUCGCGAUCCACCACCACCAACAGCAACAGCAACAACCACAACAAGCGGUCCAAGAGCGCACAGCAGGUCUUCUCGCCGGGCAGCACCACAUCCUCCACCUCGAACCACCACCACCACCACAGCAACAAGUCCAGCCGGCUCCGCAGCGCCUCGCGCACCAGCAAGAACACGCACCACAACCCGCCGUCGACGGCGGAGGAGCAGAAGAGCCGCGACACGCACAACCAGGUCGAGAAGCAGUACCGCAACCGGCUGAACGCGCACUUCGAGAGCCUGCUCGACGCGCUGCCCGAGAACAUGCAGGCGGGCGAGGUGUGCGACGAAAACCCCAACCCCAACCCCAACGGCGACGGGGAGGGGCUGAUGGACUUGUCGGACCGCCGCGUCAGCAAGGCCGAGGUGCUCGACAUGGCGCGCCGGCACAUACAGGCGCUGGAGAGGGAGUGCGCGGCGCUCGAGGGGGAGAGGGACGAGCUGAGGAGUAAUGUUGCGAGGCUGAGGUGGCUGUUUGGGAGGUAUGAGGGCGCGGAGGGGUGGGCAGGGGAGCAGAUGGGGCAGGGGCAGAUGGGGGGGUUCCCGGAUCCCGGGGGGGUGGCAUGA